CGACGCAUGUCAGUUCACGAGUCUUCCUGUUCGCUUGUGGCUAGAGGACGUUGGUGUCACAGAGGAGAGGGGCUCUUUGGUCUACUUUUACCUGCUAAACUGAGGAAAUAACAAACACAAUCAAGAUGUUUUCACGAGCCGUAAGACCUACCGUCAGCCUGGCCCGCUGCUUGUCCACCUCUGCGCAGAACAAUGCUAAGGUAGCAGUGCUGGGAGCGUCAGGCGGUAUAGGCCAGCCGCUGUCUCUGCUGCUCAAGAACAGCCCGCUGGUGAGUCAACUCUCCUUGUACGAUAUCGCCCACACCCCCGGCGUGGCUGCAGACCUGAGCCACAUCGAGACCAGAGCCCAGGUGACCGGCCACAUGGGUCCCGACCAGCUAGAUGCGGCUCUGCAGGGCUGCGAUGUGGUCGUGAUUCCUGCCGGUGUACCCAGAAAACCCGGUAUGACACGUGACGACCUCUUCAACACCAACGCUACCAUUGUAGCCACCUUGGCCGAUGCCUGCGCCCGCAACUGCCCCGAAGCUAUGAUCUGUAUCAUCGCCAAUCCCGUCAACUCCACCAUCCCCAUUACAUCAGAGGUCAUGAAGAAGCAUGGUGUGUACAACCCCAACAGAGUGUUUGGAGUCACAACCUUGGACAUUGUCAGAGCAAACGCCUUUGUGGCAGAGCUUAAAGGUCUUGACCCUGCUAGAGUCAAUGUCCCAGUCGUUGGAGGUCAUGCUGGAAAGACCAUCAUCCCACUCAUUUCUCAGUGCACACCAAAGGUUGAGUUCCCUGCUGACCAGCUGGCUGCCCUGACUGGCAGGAUCCAGGAGGCUGGCACAGAGGUGGUGAAGGCCAAGGCCGGAGCUGGAUCUGCUACCCUCUCCAUGGCAUACGCUGGUGCCCGUUUCACCUUCUCAGUCCUGGAUGCCAUGAAUGGAAAGGAAGGUGUGGUGGAGUGCGCUUAUGUAAGGUCUGAGGAGACAGAGUGCAAGUACUUCUCCACACCUCUUCUCCUGGGGAAGAAUGGCAUUGAGAAGAACCUUGGUCUGGGCAGGCUGUCUGCCUUUGAGGAGAAGCUGGUGGCUGAUGCCAUGGGUGAACUCAAGGGCUCAAUUAAGAAGGGCGAGGAUUUUGUGGCUAACAUGAAGUGAACAGGGGGCAUUGACAUAGUUGAAAGCAGUAUGUGUGAUCGAUGAUUUGUUUCGUCUUAAAGGCAUUUGGGUACAUCCCAAGAUCUGUCACAGUGUUUCCUCUUUUGGUUUUGUUUUAGCAGUGAGCUUUA